GAGACGAGCGAUCCAAAGACAGACUUCGAGCAGGUAAUGUCGAUCAAUGGUUUGAAACGAAACGAGUCAAGCUCGUUUCCAGCUCGAUCCGCUGGGCAAAUGGAACGCGAACUUGGCGAGCGCAACACACGACCGUCGGCAAAAAUCGAUUCAUUCAUUCAUUCAUAUAUACUCUCGAGUAUAUUCGUAUGUUUUGCACCAUAACUCGUACUCGCAUAACCCACUUGUGGCUGCUUUGACACCAGCGCCAAAUUAAAUUAACACCCACGUGCGCAGCCCAGCGACAGUUAUUGGCGUGAUUUGCAAAAACAUUUCAACGCUAAUCAGAGACGUCUCGUGCAAACCAAAUAAUAAUAAUAACAGUAACCACAAGACUCAGCCCCAAGACUAAAAAUAGACUCUAAUGUGUGUAUAUUUGUGUCAGUGCCAGUGACAAACAGCUGCAGCAAGUGUGAAAUAUAUAUUUGAGGUUCGAACAUGAUCACCAUGAACGAGCUGGUGGAUCUGCGCAUGCAGCAGCACAUUGCGCACGAGAUCUAUCGCCAGCAGAUUAUGCAGCGAAUACCAGAUCCCUUUCCCCCCAUGCUGCCCAUGCACAUGCCGCGUCACGUGAUCAUGCCACCGCGUGUGACGCUGCCCGGCGUGGAAAUGACACUGCAGAAUGACGAUCUGUGGAAGCAAUUCCAUCAAAUUGGCACCGAAAUGAUCAUCACCAAGAGCGGCAGACGCAUGUUCCCCUCGAUGAGAUUGAGCGUCUCGGGCCUGGAGGAUGAGACCAACUAUUGUGUCCUGCUGGAAAUGGUGCCCAUUGGCGAUGCCCGCUACAAGUUCUCCGGCUCGCAGUGGGUGCCUGCAGGAGGAGCCGAGCCGCAGAGUCCUCAGCGCAUGUAUCUGCAUCCGGACAGCCCGGCCACCGGUGCCCACUGGCAGGCCCAACCGAUACUCUUCAACAAGGUGAAGCUGACCAACAAUACGCUGGACAACAGCGGCCAUAUUGUCCUGGCCAGCAUGCACAAGUAUCAGCCGCGUCUGCAUGUCAUACGCACCGCUGAUCUGGCGCAGAUUCCCUGGGCCCCACAGCAGGCCUUUGUCUUUGCCGAGACUGAGUUUGUGGCCGUGACAGCGUAUCAGAAUGAUCGCAUCACAAAGCUGAAGAUAGACAACAAUCCGUUUGCCAAGGGCUUCCGCGAAACGGGACAAUCGCGCUGCAAACGCAAGAUGUCUUCAUCGCCAACUGGCGAAGAUCAAGAUCAGUCGCUGACGCAGUCUCAAGCCCAGUCCCAAUCGCUUGACAUGUCGCCAACAAAAGCCAACGAAGCAGCAACCGCAACAACAGCGGGAAGCAACAACAGCCAUGAACUCCAAUCGGAUGGGCCACAAAUUAAGCGUCUGAGAUCAAAUGGUUCCGCCUGCUCCUUAUCCUCAUCGCUGGAUGGCGGCCCAGAGCCAGUGCCAAUGUCUGUGCCUGGCGCCAGCUCCAUGGGCUUGGGAUCACCGCCCCCUGGCCUGGGGCAGCAUCAUCGCAGCGUCUUCAUGCAACACUUUCAGACCCUGCUGCGACCCUCGCUGGUGGACCUCGCCUGCACAUACUUCGGACGCAGUCCCCACGACUACAAUGCGGGGAUGCCGGUGUAUCCGCCAGCCGCCGCCAUUUUGCAAGCUGCUGCGCUGCCCCCACUUCCUGUGCCGCCACUGCCGCAGGACAUUUCCGGUGGUGAGCCAACAUCGGAUGAGUCUGGAGCGGAUGAGCUGGAGUUGGAUGUGGGAAGCGAGGCGACGCAGCAGCAGCAGCUGCAGCAGCGGCCAGUGGAGCAGCCGCCGGAGCCCUCCAGCAGGAGCAAAGGCUUCAGCAUAUCCGCCAUUUUGGGCGGAGGUAGCUAAAGGAGGAGGAGGAGGAGGAGGUGGAGGAUCUCCCUCACUGUUACUAAUUAUGAUAUUACCUUGGCCUGAUUAGAACCUAAGUUAGCAUAACUUUUAAACAAUUAAAGUGACUUUAAAAACGUAA